AUGGGAAAUGAGUUUUCGUUAGAUGAAUUGAAAGCUGCAAUUCGAAAAAAUCAAGAGAAUGCAGGUAAAGAGAGUUCGCCCAACUCAAACAAGGUCAUUGAGCUCGCGCUGAAGUUUUUGGACGAGAAGCGCAAGGAACCUCAUUGGUUUUGUGAUAGGAGACUCAGCAUUGCUGUAAGAGAAUGUCUUUAUCUUUUCUCUUUUCAAGUUGAAAAAAAAGUUCUCAGCUGGCUAAAGGUGCAUAUGACUAAUCGCCUUAAAUCAUGUCCUUCGUGCAUUCUGGCUUAUUAUAAAUUGAAACAAGAAUUCGGUAAUAUAUGCAUAGAUGUCUUUCACUACACUAAAGAAUCCCUAAGUCUUGUAUUAAAGCGCAUACAAGAUUGGGACAUUGAAAGACUUGUACAACUUCUUAAAACCAGUCCAAAAGUUGAUUCGACUCCUAAUUCUAAACCAAUUCUUUGUGCAUUUUAUGAAAUCUUAUACUCUGUUGAGCUACUACAGUCACCAACACUGUUCGAUUUAUUUCGCGUUCGGUUUACUGAAUCUGGAUUUUUACGAUUGUCUAAAAAACUGGUUCCCGGCGUUGUGUACCUUCUUUUCUCAGAAGAUGUGAAGCUUCGAAAAUGGGCGCACGGUAGUUUUAACAGCCUUGAGAUUGUUUCAAGCGAAGAAUUCAUGCCGCUACAAGGCCCGUUUUUGCAGGCAAUGGAUCAAAUCUGCGAUGAAAAUUCUCAAUCAUCCCUCACGGUUUUUUAUCAAGCCUUACGUACACUACUUUGUCACAUUCACAAGGACUAUUUUCUUUCCUUACAAAGUUCUGAACAUGAUGUCGUACAAUUUUUUUUCACAAAAAGGCAACCAUCUACAUUGGGAGAAUUUGCAGCAUACUUACAGUGCUUUCAACAGCUUCUCAAGGUCUUUGAAAAAAAAAUCUGGACUAUCUACUCACAAAAAUCCGCGCUGAAGUACUUAGAGGAUUUGUUACAGAGCGAAAUCUACACUAAGUGGAUCACCGAAGUCUCUCAACCAAGCGACGUAGUUACGUUUGACGGAGUUUUCUCGUGGGCGAAAUAUUUUAUAUCAAGUCUUCCCAUUUUAAAUAGUUUGAACGCUGUACUUAAGCUGUUAGAACAUUUCAUUGAACUUUAUAAAAGCUGUAAUGAUAAUGGUGUUAACCAUUCUUCACUGCUUGAAAGUAUCUGUGAGUGUUUUCAACUACUGUUCAAUGAGUUUUUGAAAGGUGCUGGAAAUUCGAACAACUUGCACGAAAUUGAUUACUCGGAACUUCAAGCUGUAUCUACGUCCACAUACGAUCGUUUCUUUGAUUUAUUGGACUUUGAACAUGAAACCAGUAUUGAUUCAGAAAUCGUUUACUCGACGUUCGGGUUUGAGAUUGAGGAUGGAUGCUUUUGGAAACAUUUGAAGGAUGUUUUAAAGGACGAACGAGUAACACUCGCCAGCACAUUACUGUCUUCUGUAUCUGAAGUAGCAUUGGCUGAUGAGCUUGAGACGAAAUCCGGAGAGACUGAUUAUGCCGAACAAUUUCACUUUAUGCUCGAUAGUUUUCGAACCGCUUUAGGUGGAAUAUUAAACUCACUUCAAGAUUGGAGUCUUUCUUCUCAAAGUUCGUUGAUUAAAGAUAUCCGAACAUGUCGAUCGUUAUUUUCGCUUUCUUGUAGCCCAAUAAAGGAUAUAUCUUCAACAAGUCUGUUUGUAUUGAAGACAGCACUCGAUUGUGACAGUGUCGAAGACAUGCUCCAUAAGCUACUUGAGGAUCACUUCUCCGAGAUAUUGUCGGCUUUUAAUACGAACUUGGAUGACUGGACACGAAUUAAAACAUUCCGGCCCGCACGAUAUCUGCUUCGUUAUGCCAAGAUAAUUACAGACACUUUCUGCAAUCGUUGUAAUGGACUUAUCGUGGUGGAAAAUAAGCUUAGAGUUAUAGAGACAAAUCGCAGGGCAAUGACCACUUUCUGGUCUAACAUUUGGACAGUUAUGGCUUCUGUGUUCUUACGUUCUUUGUAUUGGCCGGCGAAACAUUCUCGUGUUUUGUUAAUCGACUUUAUGCGUGACACUUUGGAAUGUUGUUUGUCUUUACUAGACAACUUGAAAGAUUUUGAGUAUUUUAUGAAAGGCGAAGAGCUAAGUAGCUCAACACCGUCUUCAUCCUCUUUUGAGCAAACCGAACUGAGCUCGAAAAUGAUUAGCAAUUUAAAAGAACCCUUGGGGACACUAUGCUACUGGCUUAAGUUAAAUGAUGAAGCACUCCUUUGCAAUGUCGUAGCGAUUAUCUGCAAAAUGUUGAGAGCGUGCAAGCGUGUCGAACUCCCCAUGAGUCUUAAUGUUGUUUCAAUGAUCGAAAAGUACGCUAACAGCUCGAAAGACCAUCGCACAAUCCUGACAAAAUCAGAACGCGAGGAUUUGUUAUUUGCCCUUGCUCCCUACCUUCCUGAGCCAGCAACUGAUGACGAUGUUAUCAUGCUCCCAGAAGUUAAUACUGUAAUCGAUGAUUCUAUUCUUGAAGACGAAAAGACGGCUGUUAAAUCUCCUGAACUGGACAAACACGUUCCAGUCAUAGAAGUUGAAGAUGAACAAUUUCAAUUGCCUGCGCUACCCUCAGUAUCUCCGCAAUUACCUUCUAAUACACUUAAAAGUGAUACAAAAAACAAAACCAAUACUUUUUCGAUUUCUGCUGACAUCAUUAACAAUGCAAAGAAGCUGAACGAAAGAAGUGUUACCUACUCAGCUAAACGCCAACCUGUAGUGAUAGAACGAAAACCAAAACCGCCGGCGUCUACAUUCAACUUGAAAAAGGCAAGUGCCUCCAGUACUCUCAAGCAAUUGAAACAAAACUUUCUUCAGAGUCGUGGACCAGUUACCAAGUUUGGCUCAUUACCCGGUAGGCCAAAUAGCGUACUUAACCGCAAACCACCAGUGGCCUCUGCCAGUACAAGCUCAUCUGACUCAUCCGAUUCUGAAGGAGAGAAGCCGUCUGAUGGUCUGUUCUCUUUGAUUAAAGAUGUUGACACCAGUACGACAAAAACGGUGGCCCCAAGAAGAGGUAUCCAGCUGCUUGAUCCGUCGUUUUCUGUUGCUAAAGGUGGUUCUCAUCCUGUUCAGCAAAGAAGAACAAUUCAGCAAAGUGCUCAAAUUACAAAGGCACGCCUUUUCCCUGAUGUUUCAAAGUUUUACAAAACUCUCCUUUCUUGGAACCCGGCUUGUGAUUCUGAGAUACCACCAACCGAAGCUAUUGCACCGUGCAAACGAAUUUCAGCAACGUAUACGUCGGUUGAGAAUUACAUUAAUACAUUCGAGCCUUUGCUGUUUCACGAAUUAUGGGCUCAAAUGGUACGUUCUAAAGUUGACAAUAAUUCCCCGCCUGUAGAAGUCCAACUUUUAAGUCGAAGUACUGUUGAUGCAUUCAUUGAUUUGUUCGUCGUGGCGCCCGACAGUACUUUAGGUCUUGGUAUUGGUGAUUCUGAUGUUUGCGCCAUGUCUAAAUCAAAGAAUCCCUCUCAUCCAUCUGCUGGAGAACCUGCAUUUCUUGUAAAAGUUCAAUCAAUAACGAAGAAGAAAAGUGGAUUAGAAGUAACGUUGCGUACACUUCCGACUGUGAGUGCGAUGCAGCUCUUCCGACCCAACCUUUCAUUCUACGUUCAGAAACUAUUCAGUAUUACGACAAACCUUCGCGAGUAUUCGUCCCUUCGUGCACUGUCAUUUUACGAUGUUUCUGAAGACAUUAUCAAAGCCCGUUGCAAUCCAUGUGACCUUUCUUUGCAACCGCCGCAAUUAAAGCGUGUCAUGGAAUCGUAUCACGUAAAUGAACCGCAAGCUUUAGCUAUACAUGCUGCGUGUGCUAGAACUGGUUUUACUUUGGUACAGGGUCCCCCCGGUACAGGAAAGACUAAAACAAUUCUUGGUAUCGUCAGUGCCCUUUUGACUUCAGGAGGUCAAGGACGACGAUUCGAUGCCCCCGGACAGAAUGGAAACACUCAACCUGGCACAAAGAAAGUUCUCAUUUGUGCGCCCAGUAACGCAGCCAUUGAUGAAAUUCUUCUUCGUCUAAAGGAUGGCAUAUUUGACCAUGAAGGAAUAAAGUUUAAACCUAAAAUUCUUCGUGUAGGAUACUCGGAAUCUAUCAAUCCUCAUGUCAAAGAAUUUACACUAGACGAAAAAAUGCAAGAGCAAAUGCAGGUUCUUAACUUAAAAAAAAACCAAGACAAUGGAGAAUCAAUGCAGGUUAGAAAGCGCCACGAUGAAAUCUUAAAAGAGCGUGAUGCUCUUCGUGCUCAACUGGAAAAAGCAAGAAACUCCGGUAUAAAUGAUCCAGCUGUGGAAAUGAAACUGAGAGAGGUAAUGAAGACGAAAAAUCAACUCGAACAGCGUUUGGACGAUAUGCGUAGACAGCAGGGUAUUGCAAACCGAAACAUGGAUAUUGCGAAGAAGCAAAUUCAAAGUCAGUUGCUUAAAGAUGCUGAAAUUAUCUGUUCCACUCUAUCUGCUAGUGGCCAUGACAUACUACUGAAAUCCGGAAUUUCGUUUCCCUCGGUCAUCAUCGAUGAAGCAGCUCAAGCUGUUGAGUUAAGUGCUCUUAUUCCCUUAAAAUACGGAUGCGAACGGUGCAUCAUGGUUGGUGAUCCUAACCAACUUCCCCCUACUGUUCUUUCCAAAACGGCAUCACAAAAUGGCUAUUCCGAAUCGCUGUAUGUUCGCAUGCAUAAACAAAAUCCAAACUCUUCUUUCCUCUUGAGUAUUCAAUACCGUAUGCAUCCCGAAAUUAGUCGAUUCCCAAGCUCGUAUUUUUACGGUUCACGCUUGCUCGAUGGACCAGACAUGCAGAAGCUUACCGCUCGUCCGUGGCAUCACGAUCCUACUUUUGGUAUUUAUCGUUUCUUUGAUGUGCGAACAAGAGAAUCAUCCUCCAUCACGAAGUCCGUUUACAAUCCUGAAGAAGCUAGCUUUGUGCUUACGCUCUAUGACAAACUUGUUCAGGACUAUAUCAACGUGGAUAUGGAGGGAAAAGUUGGUAUUGUCACUCCCUAUCGUCGACAGCUUCAAGAACUACGUAUGCAGUUUGAACGUCGUUACGGUCCACUUAUUUUCAAGCGUGUUGACUUCAAUACUGUAGACGGUUUCCAAGGUCAAGAGAAGGAUAUUAUCUUAUUCUCUUGUGUACGUGGUGACAUGGGCGGAGGAAUCGGUUUCUUGAGCGAUACUCGCCGUCUUAAUGUUGCUCUCACCCGUGCCAAAUCCUCGCUGUACAUUAUUGGUAAUGUUGGUACUCUUACCAAGGACAAGAUGUGGUCCGCUUUAAUUACAGACGCUCAAACACGCUCGUGUUUGGUGACUUCGUCUAUAGACCAACUGCGUCGCAGCCAGUCAUAUGCCAUUCAAUCAAGCCAAUCCAUUCAAACACCUAAAGCUAUCCCCUCUUCCGCGAUUUCCUCACCAAUCUCUGCCCCAUCUCCCAUUCCACGUUCCCUUUCCUCGGCUUCUGCUCCCCCAAAACAAUAUACACAAACAAAUGCUUCCCCACAGGCAAAUUCGUCAAAGUUAGGUUCUCAAAAACGUCCGUCCAUUGCACGCAAGCACAGCGAGAGCAAACAUGAAAAGAAAAGAAAGACUUCAGAGGAGUAUUCAUCUAGGCACGGUCAUAAAAAACGAGACAAGGAGUCUCAUCAGGAUUCUCCGAACCGCUUUUUGUCGCCAGUUUCCCAGACACCUGCAACAGGGGCGUCGCCGACACCGUUGCCUUCAGCAAGUGGAAUGCAUCCAGCUCGCUUGCAGCGGCUGCAGGAACCCCAGCCAAUUGCUCCUGUAGCACCUCCACGCAAGCUUAAGUCGAAGCUUGCUCUAGCAGCUUUGGCCCGUGGAUUUACACCUAACGGUCGUGCCGAAAAACCUAAACCCUCAGGAAAUACUUGAUGAGGACAUUGGGUAUUCCUCCUUUUUGUGCACUCAUUUUUUCACAACUCACCACCCUCUUUAUUCUUCGUCUCCAUGAACCGCCUACGG